AUGGUGUCUAAUUGUCUAUAGUUUGAGGUUUCGAUUCAGUGUUCAGUGAUCAAUUUUCUAGUAUUCACAAUCAGAAAGUAUUGAAUUUUAUGUCGUCAAUGUCUAAAAGUAUAAUUAAUUAUUAAAUUUCUUAAAUUGUAGAUAUUUUUUUAUUAUUGCGUAUCAGAAUUUUUAAUAUAAAUUUAGUGAUUUGGCGUCCUACUAUUUUAAAAUAUACAACCAUAUUUUUUUACGUAUAAGGCGGCUAACGUGAACAGGAAAGUUAUUAACAAUGAACGAAGAAACGGAAUUAGCGCAACCGCCUGCAAAAAGACAAAAAAUAGAAGACGAAGAUGGUACUGCUGACGUUACUGAAAAUAUAGAUUUCACAGAAGAUGUUGCGGCAACGGAGGAAAAGUUUAAAGUAGAUAAUAAAUACGAAAAUUUUGUAACUCCCGAGGAAUUGGAGAAACUUAAAGAAUUCAAAGUGCUCGAUGAGGUGAAGUCUAAUGAUGGAGAUAGCAAUGCUGACGAUUCUGAUACAUCUGAAGGCAAGUCUGAAGAAUUGCCGGAGGAGGAAAUUGAGAAGAUGUUGGAUGAGAACUUACCAGAAGACUUUAAAGGAACUCGUAAGCCUAAAGAUAAACCAUAUGUGACUCGCACAAAAAUCUUCCUAGAAGAGAAAGGUAUUAAUCAAUUCGAAAUUCUCCCGUUGGACUGGAUGAUGGUCCGGCACUAUAGUGGUAUGCCGUUGUACAUGCAUCGACCUACGCGGGUUUGCACUCUGUCGAAACCAUAUUUUCUUGGAAAGGGUAACACUAGGCGACACGAUAUUCCCAUCAGCGCCAUUCCUUGUCUAGCUUAUAGACGCGCUUUGGAAGAGGAGGAGAAGCAGAAAGAAAUAGAUCGUCGAGUCGAGGAACAGAUUAAAAAUAAAACAUGGGCCAGAGAAGGCGACAACGCGGUAUCCGAGAUUAAGGCUGUAGACCCCCCUAACGACCGUGAGGCUACGAAAGAAAGCACCGAAACAUCCGCUCCUGGAGGCAAAUGUCCGUUCAGUCAUAUGAACGGGACGAGCGACGAUGUCUCGAAGGACGUCCCGACCGAGACCCCAGCUCGAGCCUACAAGGAAUCGACCGACGAUCGGCAGCCCAAACCGUCGGACGAACAUCAGCCCAAACCGACGGACGAACAGCAGCCCAAACCGACUGACGAACAGCAGACCGAACAGUCGGACGAACAGCAGAUCAAGCAGUCGGACGAACAGCAGACCAAACAGUCGGACGAACAGCAGACCGAACCGUCGGACGAACAGCAGCAAAUACGGAUUCUAGACACGAUCAAAGAGGAAAACGACGUGGAAGUGACCGAAAGCGGAAUGAGCGAGGUAGCGAGCGAGGCAGUGCCGAGCGACGCCGGCGAGGGCAGCUCGCUGGCGGCGGCGGCGGCGGCGGCGGCGGGGCGCGCCGUGCAGCUGCCGGACGGGCGCGUGAUGCCGGCGCCGCGCGUGGAGUCCGUCGACACGAGCUGGAAGACCCAGCACCUCACGGCCGAGCAGAUUCACGCCUACUGCAAAUCGCUUUUCAAGUUUAAGACCGUCAAUUUUAUGCAUUUUAACCGUUGGGCGGAUCGACGUAAGUACACGAAGGCGAGGAAGGCUCUGCAGUAUCCCAAGCUGCCCGAGGGGACGAAGCUGAUCACCAUACCGGCGACCAGCUCCGGACAAGAGAACGGCGCGGGCGGCAAGGCGAAGCGCGACUGGGUGAUGAACAUGAACGGCUGCAGCUACCUGUCGGAGUUCCACGAGUACGUGUGCCGCGCGCUGCAGAAGCAGCCCGUGUACGAGUACAAGCAGCUGGAGAACGCGUCGUCGCCGUACCAGGCCACGGUGUACAUCGGCGGCAUGCAGUACGGCGUGGGCCACGGCUCCAGCAAGCGCCAGGCCAAGUACGCCGCCGCGCGGGCCUCCAUCCAGACGCUCAUCCCCGAGAUGCGCCAGUACCUGGAGCCCGAGCAGGCGGCCUGCGCCAAGGACCCCAAGGAGCCCGACUUCAGCUUCUUUGACUACGUGGGUAUCGAGGAUCCGCGCAUCGCGGAGUUCUGUGCGGCGACCUGCGAGCCCUCCCCGCACGCUAUUCUGCUCACUUGUCUGCUGAGGAACUUCGGUGCCGGCGACUGGCACGUCAACACUGAGAUGAAGAAGCUGGAGUAUCAGAAAAUCGAGCUGACGAUGCGCGUGGGCAAGCACACCGCUACCGUCGUGUGCAAGAACAAGAAGACCGCCAAGCAGCGCGCCUCGCAGGCCAUCCUGCAGGCGCUUCACCCUCACGUGCGCUCGUGGGGCUCGCUGCUGCGCCUGUACGGGUCGCGCUCUGUUAAGAGCUGCAAGGAGAAGAAGCUGGAGGAGCAGCAGAUCACGCUGCUGCAGGACAAGGCGCGGCACAACGAGCCCAACUACGCCGUGCUCGAGAAGCUGCGCAACGAGAUGCGCAAGCUGCGCGAGCGGGACGAGUCCGUCGUGCCCAUCGGCACGCUGCUGCUGGCCGACCACCUGCCGUCGCAUUCCGCCUCCAACCUCAACAACGUGGACUUGUAGCCUGGAGCGGUGGCUGCCGCUCCGAAGUUUACACCACACGGCUCCGAUAUACCCCAUGCAUUUAACCCCGGAGCUUCGGAGAAAUCUUAGACAGAUCUCAAAUCUAUCGAAAGGUGCUAAUUACGCCACGAAAAAUGACUGAUGAGCUAUGUAUAGAGUUUAAAAGGCACUUAAAAAAAAACAAUAAUAAAUUGAUAUUUUUCGCAUAUAACAAAUAUUUCGAUAUGAAGUAUUUACCAUAUCGUCCCGAUGUAUAGGAUUAUUUAUAUCGACUGAAAUAGGAAGUAGGCGCGGUACGUUGAAAAUGUCAAACAUUUAAAAUUGUACAAAAGCGUGGGGCCUGUAACGUACACUAUGCAUUAUUAUACAUUUAAUAUUAAAAGCAUGUAAUGUACUAUUAACAUUUCGACUGUAAGUUAAUAUUCUUUGUGAGAUCUCCGUUCGGAUAACGAAAGCGCACAAAAUCUUCAAUUUAGUAGACUUAAGAAUUAAAAUGUGAAAAUUUAACUCGAUAGACUUGUAUUUUGAACUACACUUCGAUUACACUAUAGAUGAGGAUCACAGUUACACGUAUUCGAUAGUUAAGUAUUAUAUCGUGAAAAGCCAUGUGUCGAAUGAAAUUCUGCCACAUGUGCGGUACAAGUUCCAAGGCUCAAGAGGAAAGGACAUCUGCAGCUAUGAGAAGAAAAUAUUUGUUUGUAAGGCUUUGUGCAAGCCCGUCUGGAUAGGUACCAUCUACUCAUCAGAUAUUUAACCGCUAAACAGCAGCACAUAGUAUCGUUGUAUUCCUGUUUAUAAACUCAUGUGUAUGUACGACCCAAUUCACCUUAAUUUACCGUCUCGUUGUUAUUAAAUUCCCGAAGGACCAAAAUUAAUUUUAGUUUAUGUCGAUAAACUCCUAGUACACCCGAGGUCUGGGAGUUGUCAACAAAACCGUAGUGGAAGUACUUUCAGCCAAAGGUCCUUUUCCGUUAUCGAAUUACGAGACAGUGAUCAGGGAGGGAAUAGAGUGUACACUACUAUGUCCUGUCCUAGACGGCUAGUUUGUCUAGACUAUAGAGAUUGAAGAUAUGUCUACUGAUGUCCUCUCAAUAUAAAGGAGUUUGUGUUUUAGUCAUUUGGAGCAGGUGUUGUGUCUGCCUGCACGUCUAAAAUAAAUAAGCAAAAUAUCAUUAUAUUUUUGCAUUAUUUAUUCAAUGUAGUAAGAUACUUAACAUUAGUGAGUAACAUACUUAUUCAUCUCAAAGUAAUCGAGAUCAAUAUUAGUUAUAUAGCAUUAGCAGCCCGUAAAUGUCCCACUGCUGGGAUAAAGGCCUCCUCUCCCUUUGAGGAGAAGGUUUUUGGAGCAUAUUCC